ACAUGCUUCCAUGUUGCAAAAUGUUAAUAUGAAAGUGUCCAGUGAAGGGUAUUCGUGGGUGAAGUCCCUGACGAGGCGUGUGGAUAGAUGCAAUGUGGCGAGCAAUGGCAACCUGCGCACACCAUUUAACCUGUUGGAUCUGGGAAGGUGCACCAUAGCUUGCCUCCCCAGCCAGCACCCGCCUCCCUUCUCGUCCAGCACCCUCGAAAGGUACAAGCCACACACCUUCCCGAUGAAGCCCACCCAGUGCAGUAACCUCGCCAUGUCCCCCGGUCUCGUGGUUCUCCUGACGCUGGUUCUUGUCUCGGCCGCGCCCUCGCCCUCACAAGGGAAACGUUUUGACUGCAGGAUGUUCUGUCGGUCCACGGGUUUCCGAGGUUCAGUGGGCGGCUGUCGGUGCUCCUUCACGCUCUUCACCGCCAAGCGUUCAAUCAGGGACCCAGAGGAAACCAUGCUAGAGGCUGCCGCAAAUAACGCACGCUAUUUUACCCUCGCCGAUCUUGUGAGGAUGACACAGAACGCACCUUCCACCUAUGCUGACGGACAAAUCGCCUAUGCCAGCGACGACGACUACAACCCUGAGAGUCACGAGCUGCCCAGGAACCACCCCGUGCGUCUCAUGGACAGGACGAAGAACACCAGCGCCGAGGAAUCCACCGGCAGGGUUGGAAGGUCCCUCUCAGAUUCCUUCUUAAAGCGGCGAGAGUUCGAACAGGAUUUGGACAACGGCGACACCAGCGACUUCCUGCGGCGGCCAUAUUAAGCUGCUGAUUCUUGUCCUUUUUCAUUUCUCCUUUCUUCCAUCUUUGUUUUCGCUACUUUUCUGUCCUCCCGACACGCGACACUAGUUUCUGUUGCGGCGCUGCAGUCACGCGGACGGACGCGGAUCAUCCUUCUUUCAUUCUUUUCUCAGGGUCUCAAAAAUUAUUCCUUACAUGAUACGUCUCUUUCACGUCACCUGGAUUCAGGUCAACAUGAUUACUUUAUAAGAAAUCAAUGUCUUUCUUCUUCCCUAAUAUGUGAAAAAAGGCAACUGUGUUUCUAAAUUAUUAUUUCUUUUAUUCUUUUGAACAAUUCCGUCUGUUUGUCUGUCUUAUUUUGUCUGUGGCAUUCUCUCCUCAGGCUCUUGACUCUCUCUCUCUCUCUCUCUCUCUCUCUCUCUCUCUCUCUCUCUCUCUCUCUCUCUCUCUAGUCGCUCACUCGAUAAAGACAUCAUAAAGACUUGAUAAUGAUAAAGACAAUCACCCUUACUUUGGUCCCACGCCAAAUGACAAUCUUUAAUCUUAAGUCAAAUCUAUGGUAUUUUAUUUACUAUAUAUAUUUUUUUCUGUUUUAUUCUGAUAUAUAGUCUAUUAUUUAUCUCUAGCGGUAGACGUAGAACCCUUGACUAUUGAGGCUGGACUAUAUGUAUGUCUAUGUGUGAGAAAAGACAUGUUUGUCUCCGUGUAUGUAUUCCUGUGUAUACACAUAUGGUGCAUACACACUGCGGGCAAUAUACACACAUACACACACAUAUAUUAAUACAAUGUGCUUAUAUUACAUAGCUGGAGUAUAUCAUAUCAAUAUAUAUUUUUGACUAUAUCUUAUACGUAAUCUGUUUAACUUGUCUCCAUUGGACCUGAGCACUUUCUUUCCCACGUCUCCAGGGAAGUAGACAGUGUUAUACAUGAGUAGAUUGAUAAGGACGAGUCUCAGAGAAGACCCAUGCAUGACCUGACCCUAACGAGCUCAACUAUCGUGAAGCAAGAACCACUAUGUUAUGUGAACUUUUAUUAUUAUUAUUAUUAUUAUUAUUAUUAUUAUUAUUAUUAUUAUUAUUAUUAUUAUUAUUAUGAUCCUCUUUCGGUUUUUGAUCACCGGUGCAUUUGUAACAUUGAUGAAACGUUGACUUUUCUCCCCCACAACGAGCUGCUAUUACCAUUACAUACAGUAUCUUUGCGUUAUCUAUUGGACAAUCUAAUAAAAAUAACAUCAAGACC